CUCACACUAUAGUUUCAGAUUAGGUUAGUAUUGGUAUUGAAAUGCGUCCAAUCUUUUGAAUGAGAUGUGAAAGCACGUGGACAAAGUAAGAUAAAUUUUUUAACUAAAAAUAAUUAUUAUUGUUGUAAUAAAUGGAAUCAGUAACAAUAAAAAUGGAAGUUGACGAUAGCAUGAAAGAAGCAGAUAGUGGUGAUGUUAUAGAAAUUAGUUAUGAAGAAAAACUCAAAUAUACAAAUCCUAUAGCUAAACCUAUGGCUUCAAAGAAAUUAACCAAAAAAAUUUAUAAAUGUAUUAAAAAAGCUUCAAAACAUAAAUCUUAUCUUCGAAAUGGUUUAAAAGAUGUUCAAAAACAUCUUCGGAAAGGAGAAAAAGGAUUGGUAGUAUUUGCUGGAGAUGUUUUUCCAAUAGAAAUUAUGUGUCAUUUACCAAUUGUAUGUGAAGAUAAGAACAUUCCAUAUUGUUACACACCUUCGAGACAAGAUAUUGGUACUGCUAUGGGAGUGAAAAGAGGUAGUCUUAUGGUACUUAUUAAAGAGCAUGAAGAAUAUAAAGAUCUUUAUGAAGAAAUUAAGUCAAACAUGGUAACAUUAUCAAUGCCAUUAUAAGCAUAUGUGCAAUCUUUUGCAUUUUAUUCAUUUUGUAAAUAGAAUAUUACAAUACGAAUUUUUUUUCAAAAGUUUUUUAUCAGAUAUUAUAUCUUAUUUUAUAAACAUCUUUCAAU